GCCCGAGCACCCGGUUAGCUCAUACCCUAUCGGCCGCCAUUGCAUUGCCAUCCACUUGAACCGAACCAACUUCAGCCUCCUAAUCUACACACACCCAAACACACACACCAUCCUUCCCCACCAUCACUUUCUCCUCAACGUCCUCAACGUUCACUACUGGUGUCUUCCAUCGCUCAAAACUCUUCGACACCUGAUAAUACUCGUACAAUGAUUCCCUGCCCAAUUUGCGGUAAGGAUGUUCCCUUCAAGCUUAUUAACCAGCAUCUGGACUCGGGUUGUACCGAUCCGACGACUGUGUUGAGUACAACUUCUGGGAAGCAGGUCCCGGAAGCGAUGACCUACCCCCUAGACCCCGCGCCGACAGAACCAACUCCACCUGCUUGGGACGAGACACAAAAUGCUACAUCCUCGGGGAAUCCUAAGCGCGCCGUCGCCCUGAGUUAUAGCUACAACGGAAAAGGCGGAAAGGCUGAAGGGGAUGAGCACAAACAUGCGUCGAAGAGGCCCAAGACCUCCAAGAAACCUAACAACCUAGAGAAAGCGAUGCCCCUUGCCGAGAGAAUGCGCCCAAAGAUUCUGGACGACAUUUGUGGCCAAGAAUUGGUCGGCAGUAGUGGUGUGCUUCGUGGAUUGAUUGAAGAGGGAAAAGUUCCGAGCAUGAUCCUUUGGGGGGCAGCGGGGUGUGGGAAGACUACAAUUGCCCGGGUUGUCGCUAGAAUGAGCGGUUGCCGAUUUAUAGAGAUUUCGGCAACGGCUAGUGGUGUUAACGACUGCAAGAAGAUCUUUGCAGAGUCUAGGAGUGAACUUAUGCUCACCGGCCGAAGGACAAUUCUCUUUUGCGAUGAGAUUCAUAGGUAUACCAAGGCGCAACAGGAUGUGUUUUUGGCACCUGUUGAGAAGGGUGAGAUUGUUUUGUAAGUCCGCAUGACUCUUAGCACCGACACAGCGCAGUACUAAUUGAUUUUCUUCCCAGGAUUGGGGCUACGACAGAGUAGGUACCACUUUAUCCGUCAAUGAAACAAUCGACUAACACGAACUUUAGGAACCCGUCAUUCAAGGUUCAAAGUGCUCUGCUGUCCCGCUGCCGAACUUUUACACUCAAUAGACUCUCCCGAGCCGAUAUUGAAAUCAUUCUGCGUAGGGCCUUGCUUUUCGAGUCGCAGUCUGAUGAGAGAGAAGGCCAUCCCGUUGUUUCUAAGCUAUUGGACACUUCGAUGAUUGAAUAUCUUGCCCGCUUUGCAGAUGGUGAUGCUCGUACAGGUCUCAAUCUAUUAGAGCUCGCAUUAGGCUUAACAACCAGACCCGGCAUUACCCAGGAACAAAUCAAGAAGAGCCUGGCGCACACAAUUAUCUACGAUCGCGCUGGGGAUGCGCACUACGACACUAUAUCUGCUCUUCACAAGAGCAUACGUGGGAGUGACCCCGAUGGCGCCAUCUUCUGGCUGGCCCGCAUGUUGAAAGGAGGGGAAGACCCAUUGUUCAUAGCUCGCAGAAUGAUAGUCAUGGCAAGUGAGGAUAUCGGACUCGCGGACAAUUCUAUGUUGUCUCUUGCCACCGCCACCUUCACGGCCGUCCAACAGGUGGGAAUGCCGGAGGCCAGGAUCAACCUCGCGCACUGUGCCGUUGCUCUCGCCCUAUCCAACAAAUCUACUAGAUCUUAUAGGGCGCUGGGGAUGGCUAUGGAAAUUCACGAGCACGAUCCUGCCUUGGCCGGCGCGCCCGUACCAGUUCAUUUGCGGAAUGCACCAACAAAGCUUAUGAAGGAGCUUGAGUAUGGUAAGGGGUACAAGUACAACCCUGAUUACAAGGACGGGAAAGUAAAACAGGAGGUAUGUUUGCAAUAUCACUCUGGGUUCAUUAUUCACUUUUGUGUAAAUCGCGAUCUUACCAACCAUCCUGACACAGUACCUACCCGAGCAACUCCGAGGCACCAAGUUUCUGGAUGAUAUAGACUUGGGAACUAAGGUUGAUCCGAUGCUUAUAAAUUAAUUGAGAAGUAGGGGUUCCAGGUGAUGGAGCUUGGCGAGGGCUGA